AUGCCGUCACGAACACGCGGGAUAUCAUGGAUCAACGAUGGGGCCCCCGGGGGAAAGGACAGUCUGUCCUUACUGUUCGAGUGGCUCAAGUCGGGCAAUAAUUACGCCCGUUGGCAAAGCGGGGACGACAAGAUUUCACUCUAUCGAGAUCUACUUGCGGUAUUCAUGAGCCAUGGGAUUACUCAUCGCAAGCGAUGUGAAGCGAGUUUGCGUAUCAGCUGUUUCCAAAUGUCAUACAACGACGGGAGACGUUUCCUCGCGGCGACUGGGGUGGAGGUUGCAGAUGAUCCUCUUGUCAAAGGUACAUAA